UUGGUGCGUAGCGGCGGCAUCUAGUGGCCUGAUGCCGGUAGAGAAUUGAAACUUUGCUUUCCCCUUAACAGUAAUCUCUGAAUGACAACUAAACUAAAUUCUUGGUUCUGUCCAAAUUUACUUUUGACGCGCUUGGAACGAUGCAGUCUUGUAUUAUUGAACCAGGCUGACCUAUCUGUACCGGUUAGCUUAAAAUAAUGAUUAAUGGAUCCGACCAACUGGCAAUUCAGUAUAAGCCUACAUAUAUUGGGAAAAUAUGUUGAUGCCAGAUUUUUUUUCUUUUCCAGAGAAAGUGAAGUGCGUGUGUCACACGUCGUGGAGCCUGAAAGCGAUUUCUUUCCACUCAGCUGUGAAGGGUCGUCUAAUAACGUUGAGUGAAGAUGGUCGUCAGGUGACUAGGGAUGUUUCGUCAUUCUGCCACGGACUGACAUUUAGCGGGCGACAGGUUAAAAUAGAGGAAAAGGUGUGCCUGCGAGUCGAGCAAAGUGUUGGACGUUGGCACGGAGCACUGAGGGUCGGAUUUGCUCAUGUUGCACCCGAUCAAACAACGUUACCACCUUUUGCCAUUCCAGACUUGACAAACUCACCACUUUACGCGGCAGUUGUAGUUCCCGUGAACACUUGUCGACCUGGCUCAGAUAUUCAGUUUUGGUUGAAGAAGAAUGGCUGUCUGCGCGUACAAAGUUCUGAUGGUAGAACACAAUCAGUGCCAACCGCCCUGAAUGUCAAGUGGCCCAUUUGGGCAAUUAUUGACGUCUAUGGACAGACCACAAUGGUGACGAUGCUUGGUUCCAAAAAGAAAUGUUUUAUUUUCACCAGAAGGUCUUGUCCUGCUCUCACACACAUCAAAUACACUGAAGAUCAAGACAUUCAGCAAACAAAGAAACAACUGAGCAUGCCGGAGCAGGCAAACCUGAGAAAGGUUCAUCUUGUCAACACAGAACAUGAAGGCCAAAACUGUGAGGAAUGUGUAGUGUGUUACGGUGAUGCAGAAAACACUCGUUUGAGCUGUGGUCAUAAAUGUGUUUGCACUCCGUGCGCCAUGAAGGUUUAUAUGACAUUUGGUACGUGCCCUCUUUGUCGUAAGCGAUUGGAUUUUGUCCAACCAUAUGGCAACUAGUUUACUGUCAAACUAGUGACUUUUUGUUGUAUAUAUUUUGCACAGUGAAUUACAGAAUUGUUUUCUAAUGUACAGAUCUAACAGUGUGCAGAAUUUGUGUACUGUAUUUGCACUCUAAAGUAUCUCUCCUUUGUAAGUCGCCUUGGAUAUAUCCAAUAUAUUACAGUUUGAUUGUAUAUUUAUACAUAGGCUAUUCAUGUUUUAAUAUAACAUGUAGGCCUAUCUGUGAUGUAAAAUUGUAUAAAGUAUUGUAAAAAAAAAGUGUAUUUAGGUAUGUAUAUACUGAAAAUAUGUAGACUAUAUAUUUAUGUAAUCUG